CACUCCUCAUUGCAACUCAACUGAACUCAGAACUCCUGUUAACAUGUCUUACAACUACAGCUCUGGAAACUUCUCCUCCUGCUGUUUUGGAGGUUACCUAGGGUAUCCAGUUUCCAUUUAUAAUUCGUUCUACCCCAGCAAUGCCAUCUAUUCUCCAAAUACCUGCCAACUGGGCUCCUCUUUCUACAACACCUGUCAGGAGACCUACUGUGAGCCCACCAGCUUUCAGACAUCCUGCACUUUGGCCAAAUCCUAUCAGACAUCUUGCUACCAUCCAAAGAAUUCCAUCUUCCGCAGUCCCUGCCAGACUAACUACAUAGGAUGUCUUGGAUGUGGAAACACUGGCCUUGGAUCUCUUGGUUAUGGAAGCAUUGGCUUCCCAUCUCUGGACUGUGGGUCCAGCUUCUACCACCCAACUAUCUUUUCAUCCAGGAAUUUCCAGAAAACUUGUUACUAACCAGCCUUUGGGUCUCGCCUUUUUGAAUCAACUUACUGAAUAUUCUCCAUUCUCUCAUGAUUAUUUCUGUACUCUAUGGAACUGUAACACUCAGCCUGUCCAACAUCUGUGAUUGUUGACCA